CUGGCCGCCAUUAAAGAAUUCAAUCCAUGAAGUGAAAUAAUGGAAAUCUGCAGGAGCCAUGGAUCAGUCAGACCAGACUACAGCCGAUGAGUAGCCUGGCCGGUUUGGCCCUUCGCCUGUUUCAACAGUGGUUUUAGUAUGUUGGAGCGCUGUGGCAGUUUUAGUGAGAGGGAGGGCGAUGCAGCUGAUUGUUUUAUUUAGCUACAGAGCUAGCGCUGGAGCUGUGGUAUGUUAGCUUAUGUGCUAGCAGGGGGAGGGGAGAGUUUCAGAUCGGCUACUAACCAAGGCUUGAUUUCGGUUUCCAGAUUGUAUUUCUUUUUUAUAAACGCCUACGUGCUAACUUUGUAGAUAAUCGGUUUAAGAUUGGGUUGCCCGUAUCAUGUUAACGUUGAUGUAAGGCUACGUAGCAGCAAGCUAACCAGACAAUACAUUUCAAAUAGGAUUGACGCCUGUCUAACGUUAGCUUAGCCUCGGAGCUAGUGGAGGCUAGCACCGGUUAGAAGUUGCUUGUUUGAGUAGCAUUUAGCUGGUUGAGGUUAGCAAGUUGGUCAGUGCUAUAACGGGACAACUACCACUAAAGCAGCGCUUCACCCCCUCAGCAAGUUGACCGCUUCAGUUAGCAUUACUGCUCCAGACGGCGAUUGAGACAAUGGGCUUUGACGUUCCAAGCGCGCAGUAAAAAGAUGACUUCGUGCUUUGUACCAAACGGGGCCAGUUUGGAGGACUGCCACUCCAACCUCUUCUGCCUGGCUGAUUUGACUGGAAUAAAAUGGAGGCGUUUUGUGUGGCAAGGACCCACCUCUUCACCCAUCCUGUUCCCUGUGACUGAGGAAGACCCAAUCUUGUGUAGUUUCAACCGGUGCCUGGCGGCGGAUGUGCUUAGCGUUUGGAGGAGGCACCAUACCCCAGGUCGCCGAGAGCUCUGGCUCUUCUGGUGGGGGGAUGACCCCAGUUUUGCGGAGCUCAUUCAUAAUGAACUGUCAAGUGAGGAGGACGGUGAAUGGGAGAGCGGUCUGUCCUACGAGUGUCGAACGCUCCUGUUCAAAGCCAUCCACAACCUGUUGGAGCGCUGCCUCAUGAACCGUGGUUUUGUUCGCAUUGGCAAGUGGUUUGUGAAGCCCUAUCAGAAAGAGGAGAAGACCAGUAAUAAAAGCGAUCACCUAUCCUGUGCAUUCACCUUCUUCGUACAUGGCGACAGCAAUGUGUGCACAAGUGUCGAGAUCGCUCAACAUCAGCCACUUCAGCGGCUCAGUGAGGAGCACCUCAGCCUCGCCCAGCAGAGCUCCACCCCCUUACAAGUUAUCUUGAGCCCUUACGGCUUGAACGGGACCCUCACAGGCCAAGCUUUUAAGAUGUCAGACCACCCUACCCAGAAACUCAUUGAAGAGUGGAGGCAGUUUUAUCCCAUUAGCCCCCAUCCCAGGGAGGUUCAAGAAGACAAGAUGGAGGAUACGGACUGGGAGGAGGACUCGCUUGCUGCUGUAGAGGUCCUUGUUGCGGGGGUGAGGAUGGUUUACCCGUCCUGCCUGGUGCUGAUCUCCCUGGCGGAUCUUCCUGCUGUGGUUCCUCAGGGCUCAGCCAACCCAUCAGGAAACCUUUGUGGUGCUCAGCAGGGCCAAGUUGUUCCUAGAGACCCCGCUAUGUCCUCUGUCACACUAACUCCUCCAACGUCACCAGAAGAGGCUCAGACCGAUUACCAGCCUGUCCACAGGUGGCUCAAAUUGUCUUCUGCGUCUGAUGGCUACAGCUCUAAUAGCAGUGGGCCACAUGGGGGUAAAAUCCCUCGCAGGUUGGCAGGACAGAUGGUGGAAUCAGUCUGGCAGGAGUACAACGUAAAUCAUACAGGAAGCAAGAGAAAGUUUACAUCCUUAACCAAUGGAACUUGUGAGGAAGAUUCAGUCAAAACUGGGCUUUGGGAUUUUGUAGAGCCUUCUCAUAGGGAACACUGUAAUUGUUCAAGACACAAGAACCAGAAACAGCGAUCCAGCAGCACCUCAGGACACCCACCUUCAUCAGGCCAGCCUGCCCAGCAGGUUCCAAAGCACAAGUUGGGUGAGAAACUGGAAAAGGGGGAGAAGCAGCCUAAAAGGCCCCAGACACCUUUUCACCACCGCAACUCUAUAAGUGAAGAACAGACACUUGAACCGCAAGCCCAGAGGCUCUGUUUAAGAGCACAGGAUGAGGGUUCCUAUCCCAGCCUGCACCACGUGGACACGGCCCCAUCCAAAACCACGGCAUUGCACACACACGGCCCCCCUACAGACCUGGUUAGCUCUCCCCCGCCCCCUCCCCUCAGUCCCCAUCCCUGCGACCAUGUUGAAGGUGAAGUUACCCCAGGGGGCAUGAAGAACUCUUCCACACCGGUUCACCAGCCCUUCUAUCCUCCCUCAGUGGAGCCCUGUUUGCUGCCUCAGAAGGGCUCGUCCGAGGAGGCGCAGUUGGAAACGACUCCUGUGCCUCUGCCCUUUUCACCAACCUACAACGAAACCUUGGAACCCACCGUGUUUGUGGGUUCAGCCAUCAACCCUAAUGAAGAUUCCACUCAUAAUCCUUGGAAGUAUUUUAACUUGCCCAGGAAGAAGGCUUCUAAUUUCCAAACGCCGCAGCUCCCAGUGGCUAAAUUUAGAGAAGAUUCUGGUGGUGGUGGAGGAACAGACAGUGUCAUGUCUGUUACUGAGUUGAUGUCGUGCUCCGCACAGCCCCUCAAGGUGUCCCAGGAUCUGGUUAAGAUUUACGCUCAGCGGAGAAACAGCCAUCUCGCCUCAGCCACAGGAGAUGGAGAGCACAGUGAGGAGCCGGACCCUUAUGCAUUUGUAGAAGGAGAUGAAGAGUUUAGCUUCACAGAGAAGAAAGAUAAACCUGGUUCAGAGAGAGAAGGCAGCAAAAAACACAAGCUGGAUGAAGGAUCUGGGACAUCACCGGAUGAUGGCCAAGGAUCAUCGAGCAGUAAACCUUCAGCUUCAACCAGCCUCAUCCAUGAGAAUGACUUGACCGUGUCUUUCAGUGACUUGGAUAAAAUCUUCAAUUCCGAUGAAGACGAGCUCACGCCUGGAUCAAAGAGAGCUGGAAUUGGGGCAGACGACAAGUUUGGCAGCAAAGAUGCCAAGCCAGCCAUGUUGGACCCCCUGUCAUGCAUAAGCUCCGCAGACCUGCAUCAGAUGUUUCCCACCCCUCCUUCUUUGGAGCAGCAGGGUUACUCACCCAUGAACACCGGGACCAAGGAGUAUGGUGGUUUGGAAACGGGGGCGGGCGUCAUCCUGUUGGAUGGCAGCCAGCUCAACAACCACUUCAAGAUGGAGGUGGAGGAAGGUUUCUGUAGCCCGAGGCCAUCUGAAAUAAAGGACUUCUCCUUUGUGUACAAGCCAGAGGCAUGUCAGUCUUUCAUUGGCUGCUCCAUGUACGCUCCCCUGAAGACGCUACCCAGCCAGUGUCUGCUGCCAGUCAAGCUGCCAGAAGAUUGUGUGUACACGCCCAGCUGGACCCUGGGCAAAAUGGAACUGAUACCACAAGUCACAAAUGUCAGUCUCCUCACCAAAGACAGUAAUGUCCCCAGUGUGGAGCCAGACUACAGUCAGACCUACACCCCUCAGACCCACACACCUUUCAUGUCCAGCAGUGCCCCACCCAGCAACAGCGGUACUGGCAUCCUCCCCUCUCCGGCCACGCCACGCUUCUCUGUUCCCACUCCUCGCACACCGCGCACUCCACGUACUCCCCGCGGCCCAUCAAGCGUCCAGGGCUCCCUAAAAUACGACAACUCUGACCUUUACUCUCCUGCCUCCACGCCCUCCACGUGCCGCCCCCUGAGCUCGGUGGAGCCAGCUACUGUGCCUUCCAUCCCCGAGGCUCACAGCCUUUACGUCACCCUCAUACUCUCAGAGUCCGUCAUGAACCUUUUCAAGGACUGCAACUUCGACAGCUGCUGCGUUUGCGUCUGCAACAUGAACAUCCGAGGAGCUGAUGUCGGAGUGUACCUCAAGGACAACGGAGAGGCCCAGUACCCCUGCACUUGUGGCUUCAGCGCUGUCACAAACCGGCGCUUUGGCCAAUCGGCCGGGCUCUUCCUGGAGGACGAACUGGAUGUGGUGGGACGCGGUUCGGAUGCAAGCCGGGACACAGAACGGUGCUUUGAAGAGCUGCGAGCUUCUUCUGCUCAGAAAGCCGGCAGCGUGAAGGAGAAGCCUCCCGCUGAACUUAUUCUGCUGCUUCAGGACGAGUGCACCAACCCCUUUGCACCCGUGGCAGGCGUGGAGUACCGCAAACCCAGCACAGCCCCCAGUUCCUUCCUGAGGGUCGAGGAGAGAGACUAUUACAACGACUGCUACAUGGCGCUGGAGCAUGGCAGGCAGUUCAUGGACAACAUGUCCGGAGGCAAAGUAGAUGAAACAUUAGUGAAAAGCACCUGUCUUCAUCAGUGGCCCAAAUGCAAAUCAGCAGACAUGAACAAGCUUUACUCUCAGGAUGUGCUGCGGGUGCUGCUGUCGCUCCAGCCUGUCCUGCAAGACACCAUUCAGAAGAAGAGAAGUGUGCGUUCGUGGGGCGUUCAGGGACCCCUCACCUGGCAGCAGUUCCACAAGAUGGCCGGGAGGGGAUCAUAUGGUACAGAUGAGUCUCCUGAGCCUUUGCCCAUCCCGACUUUUUUGGUCGGGUACGAGUAUGAUUUCGUAGUGCUGUCUCCAUUUGGGUUGCCCUACUGGGAGAAGCUUCUCAUUGAGCCUUUUGGCUCCCAGAGGGAUCUGGGGUAUGUCGUCCUCUGUCCAGAAAAUGAGGCUCUGCUGCGUGGCGCAAAGACCUUCUUCAAAGAUCUGAGUGCCAUGUAUGAGGCGUGCCAGCUGGGCCAGCACAGACCGAUUUGUAAGACUCACCCAGAGGGCAUCCUGAAGGUUGGCGGUACAGAAGGCAGGAGCAUGGCGGAGCAGCCCCUUACUGACUGGUUCAUGAAGAUGGCUGCCAGAGAUGGAAACAGUGAAACCUUUAAUAAGCUCAAACUCUUUGCACAAGUGUGCCGCUAUGAUCUUGCUCCAUACCUGUCACAGCAGUCUUUGGAUAGCGCUUUGUUGACCCAGCGUAGCCCGACUGUGGCGUCCUUUUCCUCAUCUCAAACCUCCAGCACUUCCUCAGGACCUCAGAGUGUUAACACUACCAGCUCCGCUCAGGCCAGCAGCACCUCUCUCUCCUCCUCAGGCUCCCAGACUAUUGGGGGGAUGGCCGCGGCCAAGCCGAGCUCUUACUCCCCAUUUGGGACAGCGGGUCUGCAGGGCAAUGCAUCUCAGAAUGGACCGCAGUCUAACACCCAGGGUACAGGGGCUUUGGCAGAAAAUGGACCGUCUGCUAACCAGCCUCAAGGGUCCACAGAGAUGCCCGAGAGCACAAUGGAGCGAGACAAAGUGGGUAAGCCAACAGACGGAGAGUCUCACGCCGUGUCCUACCCGCCUGCCAUCGUGGUGUACAUCAUCGACCCGUUUAGCUAUGAAGACACAGACAGGGACGUCCAUUCCAGCACUUUGACACUGAGCCUGCUGCGCUGCUACAUGGAGAUGCUUCAGUUUGUGCCUCCUCACAUCAGAAACGCUGUCUCGGUUCAGAUUGUUCCUUGUCAGUAUCUCCUGCAGCCUGUGCACAGCGGCGAUCGUCACCUCUACUGCCAGCACCUGAAGUCUCUCGCCUUCUCCGUGUUCACACAGUGUCGGCGGCCUCUGCCCAACUCCACCAACUUCAAGGCUCUGACCGGCUUUGGACCCGGUCUGGCCAUCGACAUGGCACUUAAAAACCCAGACAGGCCGGAGUGUCUGCGUCUCUACACGCCCCCCUUCAUUUUGGCUCCAGUGAAAGACAAGCAGACCGAGCUGGGGGAGACGUUUGGUGAAGCAUCCCAGAAGUACAACAUCCUGUUUGUAGGCUACUGCCUUUCACACGACCAGCGCUGGCUGCUGGCGUCCUGCACAGACCAACACGGAGAGCUUCUGGAGACGUGCAUCAUCAGCAUUGACGUGCCCAACCGGGCUCGCAGGAAAAAAGGCUCAGCCAGACGUCUGGGUUUACAGAAGCUCUGGGAUUGGUGUCUCGGCCUGGUGCAAGUGACAUCACUGCCAUGGAGGGUGGUGAUUGGGCGUCUUGGCAGAAUGGGCCACGGAGAGCUGAGAGACUGGAGUAUUCUGCUGAGCAGGAGGAACCUGCAGUCCCUCAGCAAACGUUUGAAGGAGACGUGCAGGAUGUGUGGAAUCUCUGCUGCCGACACUCCCAGCAUCCUCAGUGCCUGUCUGGUUGCCAUGGAGCCCCAAGGCUCCUUUGUCAUCAUGCCAGAUUCCGUGUCAACGGGUUCGGUGUUUGGACGCAGCACGACGCUCAACAUGCAAACGUCACAACUGAGCACACCUCAGGACACCUCAUGCACGCACAUCCUGGUGUUCCCCACCUCGGCCAUGGUCCAAGUCAACACCAACACCACAGAGCCCAUCGACAUCAACUUCAAUCCCAUCAACCCCGAUGGGUCAGACGGAAUGGGAAUCUUCGACCUGUUUGACAACGACAUGGUGGAUCCAGACCUCAUCAACAUCCUACCCAACUCCCCCACCACCUCCCCUGUGCACUCUCCAGGCUCCCACUAUCACCAGGUGGGAGAUGGAAGCAAGGGUCAGAGUACAGACCGGAUGGAGUCUCAUGAGGAGGCUCUGAACAUCCUGCAGCAGCCCAUGGCGCUGGGCUACUUUGUCUCCACAGCCAAAGCUGGACCACUGCCCGACUGGUUCUGGUCAGCCUGCCCACAAGCCCGGAACCAGUGCCCGCUCUUCCUCAAGGCCUCUCUGCACCUGCAUGUGUCUUCUGUACAAUCAGACGAGCUCCUGCACAGUAAACACUCCCACCCCCUGGACUCUAACCACACCUCCGACGUGCUCAGAUUUGUGCUUGAGCAGUACAACGCCCUCUCCUGGCUGACCUGUGACCCUGCGACCCAGGACCGACGCUCCUGUCUGCCCGUUCACUUUGUGGUGCUGACUCAAAUGUACAACUUCAUCAUGAACAUGCUCUGAACUACCUGUUGAGAUCCGACACCUUUCUGAUCAAUCUCGACCGACUGCAAACUUUCCAAUCAAGUCAAUCAAUCGGAUGCCAAGAAUCCAGUUUAGCAUUUUGGAUGAUCAAGGGACGUUUGAUAACGGAGAAUAAAUUGUUUUUAAUGACUGUAGAAUACAAAUGAAAUUUUAUCUUAAUGAAAUGCCUGCAUAUAUUAUUUAUUGUAAGUUUUUAAAUGUGGAAUUUUUAAUGCUUAAUAUCUUUUAUAUAUUACAAAUAGAGGGUGUGUACAUCUGGCUGUAAAGGAAUCUGUUUCAAAACGUGCAAUUUUCUCAGCGACACCUCGGAGGAAGCUCUUCACGUGAGUUUUGCUGUAGAUUGCUUUUAGAAUCUUAUUUUUCCAGAGGGUACAGACCUUUUUAUUGCCGUGCUGUAAACACGAAGCUGGACGGCCGUUUGAGACCAGAGCCGCUCGCACAGAAACUCAGCGAGCUCUGAAGAGGAACUAAAGGUACAAUGUCAGAUUAUAUAUUUUAUAUAACAGAUUCAGGUAACGGUGUGUAUAUGUGUACAUAUAAUUGCGUGCCGCUAAUGAUGGUGCAGCUUGUUUUAGGAAUAAAGUGUGUCCACCUCA